AUGUUCCAUUUCAACACAACGGAGAAUCUCUAUAAGAAGUAUGUGUUCCUUGACCCACUUGCUGGGGUCGUGACUGGUACUAACCCCGCAUUAGAAGGAGAGGAUGAAGACGAGCUUUUUGAUGCGCCCCUAUCCAUCACAAAGAGGGAGCAGCAGACAGCAGAGAACUACUUCUAUGUACCAGACCUGGGACAGGUCCCCGAAAUAGAUGUCCCUUACUCUCUGCCGGACUUGCUGGGGGUCGCUGAUGAUCUCAUGUACAGCGCUGACCUUGGGCCUGAAUCUGAAACGUCGGCCUAUAAUCCUGUUACGGAGCCCAGCACUUUGGAUAUUCAGACCACUACACCUGAUCAAUGGCCUCUCACUGGGAAAAUAGUCCUCGCAGUAGAUCUACUCGUGGCUGUAGCAGCCUUCAUACUCCUCUUCCAUGGUGCUUGGCAACAGAUAAAAAUCCAGACAGAAGAGAGAGAGCGGCAGGAGAAGCUAAAGAGCACAACAAUUAACUUGGACUCUCCUCACGAGAAACAUACCGUCAUCUAUGUGCCUGGACUGGUUGAUUUACCUAAAACCGCAAAUACUGAGAUAAUAGCAGAAGCGGUUAAGGCUGGGGAAAAGAUACCUCAAAGCGACGAAAAAGAAAAUAAUCCCAGUCCUGUGAAUAUUGAAGUGUCACAUGAGCAGAUUACUGAGCCGCAGGUCACUGAGCCAAAGGAGGGGCUUCAAGAAAAAGACGCGGUUGACACCAAAAAAGAAAAGAAAAAGAAACGUCGACUUUUCUCUUUUUCAAAGAAAAAAGUUAAAGAAGCCAAUGAAAAGCAAAAGAAUGCUGAAAAAAAUCCCAGUCCUGAUGUAAAAGCCAAUGAUGUUGAAAUAGAUAUAGAGAAAGGAAAAGUAGAAGAAGUUGAAGAAAAGAAGAAACUAUGGCGAUUUUUUGCUUUCUUAAAGAAAAAAGCAAAAGAAGAAAAUGAAACAGAAAAGUUAGACGUCUAAAGGACACGGCACAUGGCAAUUUGUAUUCCUCAUAUCUUUCCAAGUUUGUAAUAAUGUGAACAAUGAAAUAAAAAAUAUUAUUUAUAAAAAAAUCCACUGAGUUUGAUUGUUAGAUUUUUUUAUUUAGGCUGAUCUGUGUCUGGAAUGGGAAUUGAACCAGUUUCUCUCAAACCCAAUAUGACAACAAACAUUGCUCUUGGGUAGUGAUCUCCAAAGCACAAUCCCUUGGGCAUAUUUCCCUCUUAACCCCCUAUGAGUUGACUUUAUUGCGCACACACACACAUAUACAGAGACUGAAGCAGCCCUGAGUUUUAUGGUGAUUUUAUCAUUAAUGUAUUGGUUAUACUAUUAAAAAUUGGUCAGCUAUAAUGUAACU